CCUCCACUGGUGUGACGUCAGCUGCUGCUACACCUGCACCAAAUGUUCCGGUUCCUACCAAUACCACUCCUGCUGUCAAUGGCCCAACCUCUGCUGUCCCAUCCAAUGUCCAACCCACAAUUAGUGGGAUCCAAACCCAACUGCCCUCAGCCCACCCUACAUCUACACAGAUAACUCAAGCAGGCAGUGUUCAUAGCAACUUAAUCCCUCCUGUUCAUCAAAGUCAUGCCCAAAUGAUACCAACCAGUGCCACUCCAGGAAACAUGGUUCCUUCCCAUCCACCUCAGAUGGGUUCAGUUCAAGUUGGACAUCCCCAAAUUCUACCUACGAAUGCUCCUGGAAAUUUGGUGCCUCCACAUCAACCCCAAAUGGGUAUAAUCCAUGCAGGGCUUACCCAAAUGCCCCAGACUAAUGCAGCCCCUGGAAACAUUAUCCCUUCUCAUCCAGUUCAUAUCCCCACAGUUCAUGGGGGUCCUCCCCAAAUGACCCAAUCCAGUGCUCCACCUGGUAAUAUCAUGACUCCUCAUCCUGCACCUCAACCAUCUCUCUUACCUUCUUAAUGUUUACAUAUGACAUGGCACCCGUGUUCUAUGAGAAAACUGCUUGAGAAUGUCUCUAAAAUUCCAUAUUUGACUUGUUUGCAACAGGUAGUGACUUAGAUUGCAAGAAGAAAUUGCACUCAAUAUAUGGUCUUAUGUGCUCUCAAGCAAUGUUCAAAGGAUCCGAGGCAUAAGUGCACGUGUUGCAUUGACACUGGUCCAGAAAUAUGUUAGUGUAAUGAUUUUCCAGUAGGAUGUUGAGGCUGGGAGCAGUUUGUAUUUUCUUUAUAACCCUUGCGGUUUAGCGCUUCUUUUGAUUAUAAUGUAUUUUCUUUAAGGAGAUAGACACUUUUAUCCUAUUAUAAAUGGAUAUAUUAUAGCUUAAAACACAUUUUGAAGGUUAUUCAGAUGUAUAAAUAGCAAAUUCAGGAGCAUAGAAUUUAUCACUGGAAGUUCAUUUUAUUGUCAAAUGCAGGUUUUAGAAUUUUAAGUUUGUUUUUAUUAACUUAAUUUUUGGGACAGCUCUCUCUCUCUCUCUCAUUGCUAAAUUGUAACAUCAAGGCUUGAGGCUCAAGGAAAGGGACAUAUAUUGAGGUCCAUGCUUUAUUUUGAAACUAGUUAAAUGCAUAAAUUAUCUUUUCCAAUGAGUCACUGAAUAUCUACAAAUUAAUGUUAUAUUAAGUAAGACCUAAGGUUUAAGUUAAGGAUUGUACGAUUAUAAAUACAAAAUGAAUUUUAAUAAAAGAAUUAAGUCAU